GCGACCAAUUACCCGAGGGGCACCGUGAACGUGUACCCGGGCCGGCUGCUCUGCUGCGACUGCCAGAGAGGAGGACACAUCGGCAGGACGGACAUGAACUUCUUGGAGGAGGAGCUGACGUGCCCUGUGUGCUACUCGCUGUUCGAAGACCCGCGGGUGUUGCCAUGUUCGCACACGUUCUGCCGCGGCUGCCUGGAGGACAUCCUGCAGGGGUCCUUGCACCUGUCCCCGUGGCGUCCACUGCGGACUCCCUUCAAGUGCCCGUCGUGCCGGCACGUGUGCGAGCUGCCCCUGACGGGCUUCACCUCGCUGCCCGUCAACUUCUCCCUGCGCAACAUCGUCGACAAGUACCGUACCUCGACGGAGCGAGACGGCGCCGCGCCGCCGUGCCCGGAGCACGCGGGCGAGCCGCUCAACGUGCUGUGCGUCGACUGCUGCGCCCUCGCGUGCGGCCGCUGCCUCACGCGGGGAUCCCACCGCGGCCACCGCAUCGACGCCCUCGACUCGGAGGCCGAGCGCCAGCGGGGGCUGCUGCACAACCUGCAGCUUGCCCUGCAGGAGGAGGACCGGUGGCAGCUGGCUCGCUCUCGCCUCGAGAGGUUGGAGAAGGUGCAGGCCACGGUGCAGGAGGCCAUCGCGUGCGACGCGCUCCUUGUGUCCGCCUACUUCGACGGCCUGCAGCGGACGCUGAGCGAGAAGCGGAUCUCCGUGCUCGAUUACCUCGGGGAGCUCGGCGCGUCGCUGGACAACGAGACGGCGCCGCGGAUCCGCCGCCUCCGGCAGAUGAUCCUGGACCGCCAGGAGGCCCUGGCUCUGGCGGCGGCUCUCGUGGAGGUGACGGACCCGCUGACGUUCGUCCAGCAGAUGGGCAGCUUCCGCGAGAAGGUGGCCUCCCUGCAGGGCGAGGCCCUCCCGUCGGCGACGCUGGACCUUCCCGAGCUGCCCAGGGCCCAGGACUACCUGCUCAGGGACUGGGCCGACGUGGCCCUGCGCGGCCUGGCGGACGCCCCCGUGCCGCGGCUGCCGGCAGCGCCGGAGGAAGCGGCCCCGAGCCGCCCCGCGGGAUUCGCCGUCGCCGCUGCCGCCGUCGUUUCGCGCUGCGGGGCAGCCCUGGCCGGGGCUGGCAACGCGACGAGGGAUUUCGCGCUCGACCUCCCCGGCGGGAUCCCGAAGAUCUGGCGCGCCGCCGAGCGGCCGCGGUUCGCCCUUCCGCCGUCCCCCUUCGCCGCUCCGCUGCUGCUGCUGGCGCCCCUGCUGCUGGCGCUCGCCGCCUCGGUGCUCCUGUGCGGUUGCGCUCCCGACCCUCCGGUGUCGGCGUCGGCGUCGGCGCUGGCACAGGCCCGCCGCUGCGUCUGCGAGCCGCUGAACGGCGCGUGCCUCUACCUGUGGGAGGAGGCGCGCAACUCGACCUGCUACCUGUGGGAGGAGGCGUGCGUCCUCCUGUCGCACGUCGCGGAGCUCGCGGGGAGGUCGCUGCCCCUCGGCGGAGGCUGCGCCGCGCUCGGCGCGCUCCUGGGCGCCGCGGCCGAGCGGCUCGGCGCCCUGUCCACUCGCGCCCUCGCGGCUCUCAGACAGCUGCUGGGGAUUUGA